AUGGGCACUUGUUAUUUUGCAUUACUGUUGGUCAGCCAGUUGAGUAGACGACGCCAAAGCGACAACGCCACCUCCCCGGCCUGUCUGUCCUGGAGCAGGGAACGGAUGUGUAAAGAUGUUGUUGCCUUUUAUCUUUUUUUGUUUUCAAAAUCCCUCUUUUUCUACAAGCACCCUGGUUCCCCCGUUUUCCCACUCACUGAACCUCCUGUCCGGCCCUUGCCUCGACCCCAAACACUCACUUCCCUCACAAACCCUGUCCUUUUCACCGGACCCUCGAUAAUUGCGUGUCUCUGGCUGCCCAGUUCGAAAGGAGCGGAAGCCGGUUUUCGAGCUUUCACUCCCUUCGACGACAUUUAA